UGUCAACAUUGGUGCAAGUGAUGUCCUUAGCACGUCAUCCCGAUUGUUUGUGUCUAGGGCCCAAACGGUCUGGCAAAACUCAUUUAUUGAAAGCUUUACAAGAUCCUGAUAGUAUUGACGAAACUUCUUAUUCUACACCAACUGUUGGUACAAGUAUUUAUAACAUUAUCUUCCCGACGGACGGCAAAAAUACCUUCAAAUCUACAGGCCACAUGGUGAAAGAAGAAGAAGAUUCUUUAAAAAUUGGAAAGAAAGGUAAGGCAGUUGUACCGCUAAAAUCAAUACGUGUAUUAGAGAUUGGCGGGAAUAUGGCACCUAUUUGGCGACAGUACUUUGACGGUGUUAAGAAAUUAAUCUACGUAGUUGAUACAGCCAACUUAUGUCAAAUAUCGUCAGCUGGUGUUUUAUUAUACUCGAUAUUGGCUGAGCCACGUCUACAAAAAGUGCGCAUAUUACUCGUGCUUUCCAAAAUGGACUACGCAUACCGUCAGAUGCGUAAUGAAGCUUUAUUGAUGUUGCAAAUGUCUAAAUUGCAAAAGCAAAUACGUCAGACUGUUACCAUUGUCGAAGCUAGUUCGGUUUCAAAAAUUGGUUUCUCUAACAUUUACGAUUGGUUGAAAAUUCCCUGAAUUUCAUGACACAAUAUAACUUAUAAUAUUCUGGUGAUGUAUCUUUCGUGGUCGCUCAAAAAUUAUUAUCGGUAUGCAUAGAAAAGAAUUUAACCGAAAAUCAAUGAUAUAUUAUUUAUAGUUAAUGGAUAACAUGUUAAUACUGUUCAGUUGUCGUGGUU